GUGUUAACAAGCGAUAUUUCGUACACGGUGUUUACUCUUGUUGACCCUUAUAUGGGUUGCGCGCACUUAUAUAAAUAACAAGAACGAAAUACUAUUCUUCAUAAGUCCACAAGCUACAUCCCGUCAUACAUAAACGUAAAAGAACAUUUCUCUAUACAUCAAGCCAAGUGUGUCGAAGGUUACGUAAACAGCUGAAGGAAAAUGCCGAUUUGUCUAUUGAGAACAAGUUUGCCCAGGACUGGAAUCCCCAAAGCAUUUGAGAAACACCUUUCACAUAAAAUUGCCGAGUUGCUUGGAAAACCGAUCGAAAAAAUGAGUGUCAUUGUGCAUAGUGACUUGGCCUUUUGUCGUGCUGGUAGCUACGAUCCUGCAGCCUUCUUGGAGAUACGAGCUAUCGAUGUGAUUACUGCUUCUACAACACCUAAGUACACACAGGUCAUGGUGGACUACCUCAGUCACAACCUAUCUCUGCCUAAGGAAAGAGUAUAUCUCCAGUAUGUUCCCCUUGACAAAACACAUGUUGGAUCUGGCGCUCCCUGACGACAGCCCCCAUAAAGACCUAGGAAAGGGCAGAGGGAAAAGUCGAGAGGAGCAUGGAAGAGAAAGAAAAAGAAGAAAUCAGGACAUUAAAAAAUGUAAUCAAGAAAUACUAACGAAGAAGAUUUACUUCAAACAAUGAAACACAAAUUAUUUUCCGAAUCACAAUAAACUAAUGGAAUUUGUGGAAAUUCCAUGUUUUAUAA